CACUGGAGUUCCGUGGCGGGCUCAAGUAAAUAAAGUGCAGAUGUGUAAAGAGAGGUGAUUCUUUCUUUUCGUCAUUGUGUGUCUUCUGUUGUCAUUGAGGACUCUAUAAUUAUGGCAUAGGCUCAGUUAUUUCGCUUCAUGCUCGGUAAUUUUUAUUCCGUGCAAAUAUAAUGGAAAAUAUGUUUGGCAGUCCGAAACCAGGCAUUGUACGUGUUUGGUAGAUGUAAGAUAUACAUAUAUUUUUGAGUACCAAAGUGACGAAAUUAUUUUUUUUAUAUGAAUUUAAGAUGAUGCGAUAUUUUGUGGUGGGAGACAGAGUUGGUGGCAUACAGCCAGCCUUGCAUCAUAAGGCACUGAACAUACCUACAACACAGGGAGCACGUGACACUUGAGAAGGAACGAAGAUUGGACAGCGGUUUGUCCUUACCACUCGACUCCCUGAAACAUCACUUGUAAAAGAGUUACAUGAUAUACCCAGAUAAUGGACAUGGAACAAGUCAUUCUAAUCUCAAGUGACUCAAGUGCACCAGCUUCUCCAGAGAAUUAUCAAGAUAAUCAUUAUAAAAAUGAUUUCAAGUCUUCUGAUGUCUCACCAGAAAAAUCACCUGUUGUGUACAAAACAGUGGAAAGUCUUGUAAAAAUGAGCCAGGAUAGUGGGCUUAGUCUUGGUGUCAGUCCCCAGCAAAAGGACAGAGAUGCAGAUGCAUGCCUGCGUGGAUAUGAUUCUGACAUAGUGGACUUGGGAUACAGUGAGAUACCAUAUGAAGAUGUUGGAUCUAAUAUACAUCCUUCUGCUGAUGUAGUAGCCUUGAAAGACUCAGAUGAUAAUCUGGGCGCCAAUUCAGGAAACAGUGGAAGUGAUUACAAUAUGAAAGAAAACCCUCCAGAUUUGUUUUCCGAAGCAUUAAAUCAGUUACGAACACUUUUACCAUCAUCACAUGACAAGGACGACGAUCAAAAGAAGAAGAAGAAAGGUAGAGUUAAUAAAGAAGCAAUUCUGGAAGAGAAAAUGCAGAAAAAAGCCGAAAAGGAGAAGAAGAAAGCAGAGGCAGCCCUGCAUAAAGCUAUGAAACAAGCAGCAGCAGCAUCAAGUCGCCUCAAAAAGCCAGGCGAGUGUCUCAAGACUAUUAAGGUUGUUGUGGAUAAUGCACUGAUACAAGAAAAGUUUGGAGGAGCUCUGUUGUCUGCCUUGGAAGAAAUAGAGGUAGAACGUUGUAUGCAGUCACAGCCCAUCCCAAGCACUGUUACAUGGCUGCGCCAGAUCAUCGAACACAGCAUUGACGAAGACAGCCAAAAGCUGGAAGUGAUUACAAAGUACAAAGAAGAGGACUAUGCUUUGUUGAUAUGGACAUGGGAUAUGGUUAAGAGUCAGAUGCAGUCAGGCAUAUUUAUUGCAUCUGUAUUAUCUGUUUCAUCAUCACUUCCUGGCAAGAAGAUGACACUUUUAAUUUAUGACUCUGAGAAAUAUUCAAGGAACAAGAAACCACAGAAGAAGGGAAGUUAUUACACAGAAUCAUCACCAUCCGAAGAUGAGCUGCUGGAGGCCCUCGUAGAAUUGCAGUUGCGACACGGCUGUCAGUAUCAUCUUGUGCACACCCCAGAGGAGCUUGGUGCAGCAAUUGGGCAGCUUACAAAGGCUAUUGCUGUGAAACCAUUCAAAUUGGAAAAGCAGGAGGAACUGAUGGAAGAGACAGACUGGUUUGCAGCAGGUGACUCUAACGACUGUGUGAAGGUGGACAAACACGGCAAUGGGAUGCUGCAGCUGUGGCGGCAGCAGCUGUGCCAGUUCCCACUGGCGAGCCUAGCCACAGCGGAAGCUAUUUCUGCUGUUUACCCUUCACCGCGUGCCCUUCUGGAGGCCUACAAGUGCUGCAAAAGUGAAAAAGAGGGGCUGCUGCUACUGCAAGAUAUAAAGGUGCGACGUGCAGCAGGGCCACUGGCAACUGUACAAAGAAUAGGACCUGAGCUCAGCAAGAAGAUUUUUAAAUUUUUUAAUUCCAGUGAUGGAGAUGAAUUGUUGUAAUGCUGUAUGCAUGACAAAUUUUUUAAAAAACUGUUUUUAUAAAAAGUUUUAAAACUGUGUGCCAGUAUCGAGAAAUAUUUUAUUCAAAGCAGAAAAUCAUGUAUUAAUUAAAAUAAUGCAAUUGCAUGUGUAUUUUAUAGAAUUGUUAAAAAUGUAGUUGAUAAUUUAUAUUUCAAAAAAAUUAUUUUAGUUACUAUCAUAUUGUAAAUAAAAAUAUGUAACCUCCCCGGUGGAAUAUUACUUCAUUACUGAAUACAAAAGUAUUCCAGAAAAUAUUUAUAGAAUACAACGUGCUGAAAUGAAUUUGUAUAAGUAACAGUUGCAGCAAUGAAAUAUUGCAACUUUGAAUUCAAGCAGACUCAAUACAUAUUGUAAAUUUCUUUGCAAACUUCAAAAUUGUUGGUGGAGCUUUCUAGCAUGUAUCAGACCAUGUCACUAAAACUUGUAGGGUAAGAACACAUGUCAAAUGAGCAUAGUGUUCUGUGCAUGUCACAAAUAUCAAAUUGUGAUGUCACGCGACUUUGUUUUGAUACUGUUUGUUUACAUUUUGCUCUAAGACAGAAACAUUAAUUUUACACACAUUUCUCAUAUUUUUAAACAUUUAUUGAUUAGUAAUAACAAUGGUGAAUAAUUGUUGCUUCUAUAGAAACAAAUCAAAAUGUAUAAAACGAGGAAAAGCUGUUUUUCAUAUGUAUGUAUCACAAAGGUCUAAUUAAAAUUAUUGCUGGCCGCGGUGGUCUCGCGGUUCUAGGCGUGCAGUCCGGAACCGUGCGGCUGCUACGGUUGCAGGUUCGAAUCCUGCCUUGGGCAUGGAUGUGUGUGAUGUCCUUAGGCUAGUUAGGUUUAAGUAGUUCUAAGUUCUAGGGGACUGAUGACCACAGCUGUUAAGUCCCAUAGUGCUCAGAGCCAUUUUAAUUAAAAUUAUCAUGUUAUUAAGAUGCUCUUUGUUUAGGAAAUUAUUGAGACAUAGUGUAAUAAAGAAAUAAUAUUGUAGAGCUAACUUAUAUGGCUGUACAGCCAUAUACUUGCAAAACAAAUUCUAGAUAGAGGCAAUAAUGUGGGAGUGCACUGUCAGUCAAUCCAUUAAAUGUGAACUCUCCAGUUCUCUCAGCCUGAUUGAUUAAUCACAUGUGCCUGUAUGCUCUGCCAGGCUUUUUUCCCAUUGUAUGCACAAAUUUUGAUGACCAAUCCAGCUGUUUAUUCUUUGCAUGCUGCGUGGACUUGGUGCCUGGUCUCCAGCCAGACUGAGAACUGCUGUUAGUCAUACUCCGCUAUUUACAGGAGUUUAAUUCCCAACACCCACUACACCCUUCCAAUUUUUUUCCCCCUCCCCAGAGCUUGUGCUGAUGGUCUGUGAAAUGCAAAUUCUCUCAGUGUGAUUGUGAUGGCUGACUAGAUUUUAAUUAAUUGGAUGCCAGGCCCUGAGCAUUAUUUAAACUGAAACUGACAUCCUUGUUUACUAGAUUUCAUGACAUCAAACUAUUAAUCAGUCAUGCUGAGAAAACCUGAGAGAUAAUAUAAUUUUGCUCUUCAGAGAGCAAAUGUACCACAAUGUACACAAGUGCCACCAAAAAAACUAUCACCUUCUCAGUGUGUUGACCUUUCUGACAAGGUGUACUAAGUUGGCUAAAAUCAAAUAUCAUAUUCACACACAAGUGAUAUGAAAGAUUAUGGGCCAUGUGAGCCUGGCUCUAAUGCGAGAGAGAAUUUUUGACACCUGGCGAAUGCUAGAGGUCACUUCAAAACAGCUUCUUCACUUCCAUAUUUGCAUGUCAGCUAAAGCUCUAUGCAGAUUCUUGGGAAUUGGUUGACAAUAGGACACAAUCACAAGCAGGAUCAGUACAGCUGAAAACGUCUGCAUGCCAGGAAGCAAAAUUCAAUCACUCAUAAAAAGCCCUAUGCAGGGAGCCGUACUUAAAUUAAACUCACUGGCAAACAUCUGGACAAGGAGACAGUGAAGAUCCUUUGUUAAAUGACUUAAAUUCACACCCACUCUAGAAAUGCUAGCUAUAGCACAUUCUGUCAGCUCCAUGGAGCACAUUUGUAGCUUCUCUCCCACCGAAAGCAGUAGAUGGUGUUCACCACAAAAAUCAUAGAGCACCUACUAAGGUGCCAGUGCUAAGAUCAAACUGGUACAAGUGCGAAUGAGUAGCACUGAGAAAUCUGAGAGGACAAGGAAACUACAGUUCUGCCAGCUGACAAGGGCAAUGCUAUGGUCCUAAUGUCACGAGUGGACAACAAUAAGACAAUUUUCGAUCUUUUGAAAGACAUUGCAUACAGACAUAGAUGUUGAUCCUAUUAAUAAAAUCAGGAGGAAAAUGAUGACUCUUCUCAAUGAGUUAUGCUUGCCAUGUAGCAUCAUUGAUGGUUUUUAAAUACAAGCAGCAGUGUCACCACAGCUAUAUGACCUUCCUAAGGUGCACAAGGGAAGAAUUCUCUAAGACUCAUAGUAAUAUUGGUGCUCCUACAUACCAGCUGCCAAAAUACCUAAACUGCAUUCUCAGUAAAUGUGGGGAAGUGGGAAUACAGUAUCUGCAACUAUGAUUUUUAUACACCGUCUCAGUCAACUGUAGCUCCAAGUUAUGGAUAUUAUGGUCAGUUUCGAUGUUUCCCUCUUUAUGUGAGUUCCACUUUCUGAUUCCUUGGAAAUAAAUGCAGAAAAGAUUGACAGUUGUUUCGUAACACUUUUUAGGGACAUUCUGACAUCUACUUAUUUCCUAUUUGGCAGAAAACAUUAUGAACAAACCAGUGGUGUGGGUAUGAGUAGUCUUUAUCACUGGUCAUGGUAAAUCUAUAUAUGGAAAGCUUUGAAUAACAGGUUAACACUUAACUAUAUCAAAAUGUAAUGCAUACAGUUUGUGACAUUGAAAUCUUGCAAAAGUGAAAUUUAAGUGCAAUGUGGUGAAGUCUACCAUUUUAAGUUCUUCGGACUGGGUGUAGAUGUAAGGCUCUUCUGGAAGUAUCGUAUUCAAGGCCUUGUGCAGAUAUUGAAUGCACUGCCUCCGACACAAACACAAGGGUUUGUUUACUUUGCUUACUUUCAGUCUUAUCUCGUACAGUGUAUUCUUACGAGGCAACUGUGUAUGCUCUCCAAGGAUGUUCUUAGCCCAGAAAUGAACGGUCAGACUGAUCUGCAGAGUCAGUUCGUGAGCCUCAUUUAAGAUGCAUUUCAGGUGCCAUGGAAUUAUGACUGUCAUCCCUGUACAUUCAGGGUGAUGAUUAAAGUUCGUUACAAAAUGCUGUAAAAAAAACUGCUUCUCAGAAUGACAUCAAAUUUGAAUAUAAUAUUAUCAAGGAGUGGGGAAAUGACUGUGCUGGUGCUGAUGAUGCGGCAGCCUUCUUUCCAAAGACUGGUUUGAUGCAGCUCUCCAUACUAUUCUACCCUCUGCUAUCCAUGUCCCAAGGAAUAUGAUUUUCAAUGUGUAAAAAGGCAGAUGCAUAGUUCUCACUGGCAAAGUGUGUUCCUUAUAUGAUACUGUGUGGUUCUGUCCCAUUUGUCCUAUGUGCGACUUAACAGUUACUGCAACACAUUUUGUCACUGAUUGCAUCAAUGGUGAGGAAGCAUUAGCAGUACACUGGUUUUCUGCAGAUGAUUAUCAGUCCUAAAGCUUAUCUGAAUGCUUGUGUUACUGAAUAUUUUCGCUACUCUGGUGUUGUCCCUAUACAUGGUAUCACUGCACAACUAGACUUCUCUUUUGCAUGUUCUUUCUUCAGUACGAUUUCAGAUGCAAUUAUGUGAUUUUCUUUGUGUUUAGUUGAGCAUAAUUUGCUGACCAUAUGUCUGCCUGUGUCUGUAUAUGUGUGUCCGGGAAUGUAUACCUGUCCUUUUUUUCCCCUAAAGUAAGUCUUUCCUCUCCCGGGAUUGGAAUGACUCCAUACCCUCUCCCUUAAACCCCAAAUCCUUUCAUCUUUCCGUCUCCUUCCCUCUUUUCUUAUGAAGCAACCUUGGGUUGCGAAAGCUUGAAAUUUGUGUGUGUGUGUUUUGUAUUGUGUCUAUCUAUCAACGCUUUCUCGUUUGGUAAGUCACAGCAUCUUUGUUUUUCAGUAUAAUUUCCGUUGAUCUUUGCUAAUUCUUACAUUACUGCUGGUUUAUCUUUUUCAAUCACAAGAUCUCAAGUAGUCUAUCAUGGAAUGAAAGAAGGCCUUUUUGUGUGUUCUGGAUGGCACGAAGGUUUGUGGAUAACAGUGUCUGUUGUUUUCAGAUUACACUAGACGAUAAACUGGUGUCUGUAGUCCCUGUAUGUUAUUCGUUUGUUUAAAAAAUUUACUCUUCUCCUUGUCUAUUUCCAUAACAAAUCUUUUCUGGGAUGCAUAUUAUUGAGCAGUGUUAACAUCGUAUUCACUUCUUCAAGAGAGCCAUUAAACAGAACCAAGGUGUCAUCAACGUAGCUUUUGUAAUAUACAACCUUAUUUGGUGUUUUUUGAUAUUUCUCAAAAAAUACUGAUUCUCAAUGUAAUUUACAAAAAUAUUCCCUUGUGUACCAGAGAAGCAACUACCCUUUGCAAGGCCUUUAGGCUAUGAGUAAAUCUCUCCUGUGAAGAUAAAACAAUUGAAUGAUAAAUAAUAGUGGCACUAAAAUUAAAAUUAUCUGUUGCUUCUCUGCUAAUUUUCUUAUAGUUAGAAAAAUUAUAUUUGAUGACUGCAUUUUGUGCAAUUGUGCAUGACAAAAAAAAAAAAAAAAAUAAUAAUAAUAAUAAUAAUUCACACACAUUCUGGCGAAAAAAGUCAUUCUCCAAACUCAAAUCUAUGUGUGUGAUGUAACACAUUUCUCUCCUUUAGAAACCUUUUCUUGCCAUUGCUAGUCUACAUUUUGUAUCCUCUCCACUUUGGUCAUUAUCAGUUAUUUUGCUGCCCAAAUAGCAAAACUAAUUUACUUCUUUUAGUGUCUUGUUUCCAAAUCUAAUUCCCUCAGAUUUAAUUCAACUACAUUCUAUGGUCCUUGGUUUGCUUUUUUUUUUUUUUGUGUGUGUUCAUCUCAUAUUCUUCUUUCAAGACACUGCCCAUUCCAAUCGACUGCUCGUUCAAAUCCUUUGCUGUCUCUGAUAAAAUUAAAAUGUCAUCAGCAAACCACAAAGUUUUAACUUUUUCUCCCCCAAACUUUAAUUUGUACUUCAUAAUUUUCUGUGGCAUCCUUUACUGCUUACUCAAGGUACAGAUUGAAUAACAGCAGUGAGAGGUUACAUCUCUGACUCACUCCCUUCUGAACCACUGCUUCCCUUUCAUGUCCCUCGGCUCCUAUAACUGCCAUCUGGUUUCUGUUUUUGGAUAAACUUUCACUCUCUAUUUUACUUCUGCUGGCUUCAGAAUAUCAGUGUAUUCCAGUCAACAAUGUAAAAAACUUUCUCAAAGUCUUCAAAUGCUCUAAACAUAGGCUUAUCUUUCCUUAAUGUCUCUUUAUAAAAGUUGUAGUUUUAGUAUUGUCUCGUGUGUUCCAACAUUUCUGCAGAAUUUAAUCUUCCCCACCUGUCUCAUACAUUUUGCACAGCAAAUGGAAUAGUUUUGUACUGGAUGGUUCUCCAAAGGCUAUCAGUAGUUUUGACAGAAUGUUGACUACACACAGGAUCUUGUUUUGACUAAGAUCUUUCAGUCCUCUGUCAAAUUAUUCUGGCAGUAUUAUAUCUCCCAUUGGGAUAGGUCUGCCAGUUAUGCAAAACACCAUGUUUUCCAAGUACUCGAACAUGUUUCAGCACCACUGUGCCAUCAUCAGUGGUCUUCCGUUUUAUUUAAUCUGUAAUGUGAACUUUUUACAGAAUGAUUACAAAAUUUGUGGAUAUUUAGUUCCAAAAAUAGUAUUUUUUUUUUUGGGGGGGGGGGGGGGGGGGGGGGUUAAUACCUUUACACUUGGUGUGCAUGAUUGUUCAGGACCACUUGUGUAUCAUUCAUUACAGGUUGCUUGUCAUCUGUAACCAAACGAUGUUGAUGAGAAAUUUUGUUGGGAGUUAACCUUUCAUCUAAACGUAAUUUAGUUUGUCGCGAUAUUUCCUGCCUUUAUUCGUUUUUACUUACGUUUUCGUGUGGCAAGCCCUUCUAUUCUCAGCAUCAUGGUGAGGUAUUGUGAGGCACUUGUAAAUAUAACAACGUAUUUUCACAAAUAAGGUCAUAAAAGCAGUAUGUACUUCACCAAGGUCACACAAGUUAUCAUCCACUAUCGAACACGCAGCAAGUAAGCAGUAACAAAAAGGAGUGAUUCAAGUUUUGGCGGCGGAGGGAGUUGUAGGCUGUGAAAUGUAUCAACAGAUGAAGGCUGUGUGUGGUGAGUACAGUCCGAGUCAUUUAAGUGUUGUGGAAUGGCGCAAACGAUUCCUGGAGGAGCCCAAGUCACCGGAAGACAAUGCUCGUCUUGGACAGGCUCAUCGUGUCAUCACACAGGAAAUGGUUCUUGACGAGAUCCACCGGUUACUGCAUAUUAGCAUGGGCACCACCCACACCAUAAUGCAUCGACACUUGAACUUUCGAAAAAUCUGUGCACAGUGGGUUCCCCACCAACAGAUCACUGAAUAGUGCAAUACUCGAAUGGCGCUGUCAUUGAGUCAUCUGCAAUGUUAUCAUGGGGAGGAAUACGGCUUUCUGUCACAUAUUGUCACAGGUGACAAAACAUGUCACCAUUUUGAACUGGAAAGCAAAUGUCAGAGCAAGCAGUGGAAACAUGCGACUUCACUACCUCCAAAGAAAUCAAAGGCUGUGCACACCAUCUCUGGUGACAUCAUGAUGUCCUUUGUGGACCACAAGGGUCCAUUGCUUCCUGGAACAGAAACUCACCAUCAAUGCCCAGUGUUGUCAAGCCACUUUACAGAGCCAUACACAAAACAUCAAGUUGAAACGCUGAGGUAUGUUGUCCAAUGGCUUUAUCCUCCUGCACAAUAAUGCCCGCCCACACACGGCCAAUGUGGUGAAGGCGACAUUGCAGCAGUUGAGGGAAACAGUUGGAACAUCCACCGUACAGUCCCAAUUUUUCCCCAAGUGAUUUUCAUGUGUUUGGACCUCUAAAACAAGCUAUUCGUGGACAUCGAUUCGCAGUGGACGAUGAAGUGUAUGACUGCAUCCGACAGUGGCCUCAUAGCUUCUUCAAGGAUGGAUUCAACCAGCUAUUGUCAGAAUGGGAUAAAUGUGCCGACAGUUUUGGAGACUAUUUUUGAAUGUGUGUAUUGUGUAUAACUACAGUUUUGAGUUAAUAAAACCGUUACCAUUAUUUUCCACUA